UUGUGAUUUAUGAGGUAGAAAGGAAACGUAGAAAAUGUGGGAAACUCACCAUACUAGUAUUUCAAAGAAUUAAAAAAACCCCAAAAACCGCAUAUAUAUUUCCACAACAAAAACAACAACAACACAUUUUUCAUCCUUUUUCAAUUUCUUCCAUCCAUUCUUAACUUUAAUAGCAAAUUUUUUCUGUCUCAUGUUAAAUCAAAGCCUUUCUUUCACCUUCAACAAGGGUUUUAUUGAAACCUUUUAUUUAUAAUUUUACUUUAACCGUUUAAUUUGCUUACAAGAGCCUUCUUUUGGUAGAUUUUUGUAGAGCUAAAAAGAAGGCUCUUGUGGAAGCAAUUGAAACAAAUUUUUAUUAUUUUCUUUUGGGUCAUUGAGGAGAAAAUGUUGAGAUUAUGGUUCAAUUAUCUUCAUUUGAUGGAGCUAUUUGUGAGUUCAUUGGUUCAUUUGCUUUAUGGGUUUUACAUAUUUAGCUCAGCUGUUGCUGGGGAUCUAUCUCAGGUUCUCAAUGAAUAUUUUCAAAAGCCUAAUAUGAAUGUUGUUGAGGUUAAAGAUAAAUUGACCCUUGAUGAAAAUCCAUCCAAAGUUGGGGAUGAUCUUCCUCCUAUUGUUUUGGUGCAUGGAAUUUUUGGAUUUGGCAAAGGGAGGUUGGGUGGUUUGUCAUACUUUGCUGGAGCUGAGAAGAAAGAUGAGAGGGUUCUUGUUCCUGAUCUAGGGUCUUUAACAAGUAUCUAUGAUAGGGCAAGGGAAUUGUUCUAUUAUUUAAAAGGAGGACAGGUUGAUUAUGGUGAAGAACACAGCAAGGAGUGUGGACAUUCGCAGUUUGGAAGAAUCUAUGAACAAGGGCAUUAUUCUGAGUGGGAUGAGGAUCACCCUCUUCAUUUUGUGGGACAUUCUGCUGGAGCACAGGUUGUUCGUGUUUUGCAACAAAUGCUUGCUGAUAAGGCAUUCAAGGGAUAUGAAAACACUUCAGAAAACUGGGUGAUAAGCAUCACAUCCUUAUCUGGAGCAUUUAAUGGGACUACAAGAACCUACUUUGAUGGCAUCCAGCCGGAAGAUGGGAAAACAUUGAAACCUAUUUGCCUGCUACAGCUUUGCCGAAUUGGGGUGAUACUAUAUGACUGGUUAGACAUUGCCUGGUUGAAAAACUACUACAAUUUUGGGUUUGAUCAUUUCAACAUGUCAUGGAGAAAGAUUGGUGUAUGGGGUCUUGUUGAUUGCCUAUUGGGGAAUACAGGUCCAUUUACAUCAGAGGAUUGGAUCCUUCCCGAUCUUUCAAUUCAAGGGUCUAUAAAAAUCAACUACCGCCUGCAAACAUUCCCAAACACAUACUACUUUAGCUACGCGACCAAGCAGACAAGGAAGAUCAUGGGCGUAACGGCUCCUUCAAGCAUACUCGGAGUUCACCCUUUGCUUUUCAUAAGAGUAUUGCAAAUGAGCCAGUGGACUCAUCCUUCAGAUGUUUCUCCCCCUUAUAAAGGAUACAGGGAUGAGGACUGGCAAGACAAUGAUGGAGCACUAAACACAAUAUCAAUGACUUAUCCUCGAUUUCCGAUUGAACACCCCAACCGUUUUGUGGAAAAGGAUUCAGAUUGCCAACCAAUGCAACCUGGCAUCUGGUACUACAAAUAUGUGGAGGGUGAUCAUGUAUUAUUCAUUAUUAACCGCGAGAGAGCAGGAGUGCAGUUUGAUUUGAUCUAUGACAGUAUUUUCGAACGCUGCAGGAAGCAUGUAUUUAGAAAGAAGCUUCCAACAUUGCCUAAUGAAAUCCAUCACUAGCACACUCUUCCCUAUUGAAUUGGAAAGGAAAUUUGUCAAGAUUAUAGGCCAUUCAUUUCAAUUAGUGACCAUCCCUCACCUUUGUAAAUGUAAGUUCUAUAUAAAUGUUUGCGCUCAAUUUAUACCACCAAUUUCUGUAACUUGUAGGAUUGAGGAGAGUUAUCAGAGACUUUAGGUGUUUACGAUCCCAUCAUAAUAGUGCAUACAAUUGUAUCAGUUACUAAGAAAUAUCAUGAAAGUUUUUGGUCUUUUCA